AUGUCUCACGGACCACCUCAGCCUCCCCCCGCCAAUAUGUUUGGCUUCGGGCCCCAAGACGCCUUCUCUGCCUUUGAUGCUAUGGCCGAAGCCGACCCCAACAUCAUGUCGUCCCUGCUAGACCCGACAAUGUAUGGGAGCUUUGACGCCAUGAACAUGAACGUCGACAACCCCGGCGACGAUAGCGGAAUGGCCAACUUCUUCGCCCAAACUCCCCACCCCGACGGUAUUAUCGACGACGGUCCCUCAAUGACCAACAACUACCCAAAUAACGCCGACGAUGUUAACGUUAUUGGAGGUGGCCCUCCGCCCCUCGGCGGCUUCAACCCCCAGGCCAUGCAGCAGGCUGGCAGCCUCCUGACCGAGUUCACAAAGAGACGGAAUUGGGCCCCCAACGUCGUCCAAGAGCUCAAGGACUUUCUUCAAAUACUCGACGCCAACGGUCGCAUAAAAUACGUCUCCCCCAGCAUUCUCAAUCUAAUUGGAUACACCGCCGACGAAGUCAUCGACACCUUCCUCAAGGACCUUGUCCAUCCCGACGAUCAGGGAGUCUUUGUUGCCGAGCUUAACGAGUCGAUAGCGUCGGGUAACCCUUUGCGCCUCUUCUGUAGGUUGAAGAAGAAGGACGGCAAAUUCACCAUCUUUGAGUCAGUCGGCCACGCCCACAUCGCCGCCGCCAAAUUCGCACCGAACCCCCACAACCAAUCGCCAUUCUGCCAGGCCGUUUUCAUGAUGUCGCGCCCUUACCCCACCAAAAAUGCAGUCCUCCUCGACUCGUUCCUCGAACAUAAGAUGGAAAAUGAGCGGUUGAGGAGGCGCAUCGCCGAGCUGCGUAGGGAGGAGGAAAUGGACAAUGAAGAAUCGGCGAGGUUAUGGCAACAAAGCCAGGAGGGCAGGUCAGACGUAACACCAUCGGAAACGACCAUCACAACAUCCAUCGCCCAAAGCGGCAUGUCUCGCAACGCCGAUAGCUCGAGCGACAGGACAUCUGCUCUCAACGUGGGUCUCACCAGGGAAGCUCUGGAAGGCGUCGCAGCCAGCCGCCCAGACUCGCUAAAGGACAAGAUGGCUCGAUACGAGGGCGCUUCGCACACCGACACCAUCGAGAUGUUGACUGGCUUGAGAUACAUCGAGGGAGAGAGAAGUCGCGGUAUCACGACAGGAAAUGCGAGUCCAACGUUGGUCAAGGGCGACGCCGGAAUCGCCAUCCCACAGGACCGGGAUCCUAGGACAGGCGACAAGAAGAAGAAGCUAAAGACUUCGGAGGAAUACGUCUGCACGGACUGCGGUACCCUCGACUCUCCCGAAUGGCGCAAAGGUCCUAGUGGUCCCAAGACGCUGUGCAACGCCUGCGGUCUGAGAUGGGCAAAGAAAGAGAAGAAGAACCGACACGGCGGCGGCAGUAAUCAUGCAUCGGGUUCACUCACAGUCGAGCAUUCCACGGGGGCUCACGGUUGA